GUUCUCUGCACAGUGAGAGAUGCAAAACGGAUGACGACGAGAGAAGAAGUUACUAUGUCAGAAGAGAGUGCUGGAAUCAAGCUAAUUCGUUCCUGUAUUUCUUCGAAUCAGUGUAGCACAUUUGAUGGAUCCCCGAUGCAAAUCAUUGUUUGGGGACUUUCUCAUCUUUUUGGGGACCAAAACGAACUGGGACUUUCUCAGCUUUUUGUAGUGAAGAAGUAUCGGAAACUAGUAUAAGAAGUACUUAUAUAUAAGAAUCACUAGUAUAAAUUGAGGAGUAUCGGAAACUACACCUGUGAGAAGAAUGAGCCUGGUGAUGGCGUCGGGUGGGCCGACGUUGCUAUCUCCCUAUCCUCUUGUGCAACAAAGUCAAGCGACUAGCAGCUCUGCCGCCUACUACCAGCACACUGAUGGGAACAAUACUUCUUGUGCAAACUACUCGUCCGCUAUUAAGGCAUAGAGGACUUUCACAGAUCAUGCAUCCUUAACAUCGAGUAUCGUCGGUCUUUUUAUUAGGGUCAUCAAGUUGUACAUAGAUUGAAGGAUCAUGUGAAUGUAAUAAUGAAGUUCUCUAAUCCUUCUAGCCCAGGACCAGGAUAUUCAGACUUUGCUGUGAGGACCGCAAAGUUCGGUGCGGGCCACCUCUACGUAUUGACGCCCUACGGUCAAGGUGUGCUGGAGUCGUGCAAAGGGGACAUGGUCACAGUCUCGUUAGCAUGUGGAGCCAAAAUCACCAUUUUACGUACUCCAUUUUAAUAUUCAUGCAGUGACUUCAUUUUUAUGCACGACUGUGGUUAUCCAUUAAAGAUUCUUUAUUCAUUUAUCAUUAUCGAAUUUCGACGAAGAUAGAACUCUCAGCAUCUUGCGAUCAUGUACCUACAGAUUGUUGCUUGCUACUUCUUCUGCAUAGUGCUCCAAAAACAAGAAAGAGUUCCAUAAGAUUGAUUAUCAUUAUAUGAUUUUUAAUUCACCGAACCCAUUGAUAUCACUAUGACUAUUUCUCAGGUUCCAAGGUGCAGUUCCACCAACAACACGCGGUGGAAGCAAGAAAUAUUGAGGCAGGCACUGGGGAUCUACAACAUAUUGAUAUGACGAAAGGACAACAUCUGCAUGAUGAUGGCUUGCAAACGGGCAAACGACGUUACUGUGAUAUGAGCACAACGGAGGAGGAACCUCACGAGCCACCAUCAAGACGCGGAUUUCGCUCGUCAGUCUAGGAAGACUAGGCCGCGGACAGUAUCGCUAGUCUAGAGGUAGAGAAAUCGGAUUGUAGCAGCAGCUAUGACCACAGAUGUCCUGAAAAGUCAUCGCCCGCACUACAAGAAUGGUACUAGAAGUGUUAGGCGUUUAUUGCUGCAGUCAAGAAUCUUGAAGCGAGAGCAUCAGGAUGCUGACGUAACAUUGUUACAAAGCAGGACCAGGGCGUUAUAAAGAGGGAAAUAGAUGAACAAGAUGCUUUACUUGUAGUAGGGAGUCUACUAGGUAAAGACGAUGUGAAUAAAAACCAUCAUGGAAGAGAAAUUUAUAGAGAAUGAUCUUCUAGUACUAGUAAAUGAAAAAAAAUCGAAGAUGAAAUCGUGAGGUUCGCAGUACCGACAACUUCUGUUGAAACUCAUAAUUAGACAUUGCUUUGUAUCCAUUUUGAAGAUUUUGCUCAUCAUCCCUUUUCCCGCAGGUUAUAAUUGUGAGCGCGAAUCGAUUUCUUUAUCCUACACAUCAAAUCUAAAAAAUGUAUCAUAUGGUCGCGAAUUGGGCUGCUCAUUCGAUCUGAAGAUAUUUCAGUUUCAGACCACAAAGUCAGUGGAAGACGAGGCUGGCUGAGGUCUGGUCGGGUUCUUUACCCGUUCGUCGGAAGGCUUUUCGCCAUU